AUGAGUCUCCUCUUGCUUCCCACUGCGACGCACCUGCCCGGCACCAUGGCCACCCCCGUCCAGCCUUCCUUUGCGCCCGUCACGGUCCCCGGCGGGCCUGCCGUCGAUAUCAUGUUCCGGCAGAUCCUUGAAGCCGUUCACAAAUCCAGCCUGGAAAUCGCAGAGCUGCGCUCAGAGUGCCACGAACUUCGUCAAUCCAAUGCGAGUCUUGAACGUCAGGUCAAGGAGGGUCUGAUGAACAACAAUGGUUCGAGACUCGGAACCCCGGGCUUCCAAACUCCCGCGCCAGGCAGCCCUCAACUCCGCGCGAAGUCCCCAUUCCUCACUCCGGGAAACAUCUCCUCACUCGCCGUACCCCCCACCUUCUAUGUUCCCUCUCCUCUAAGCGACAACUCGCUCACACAGUUCCCAUUCGGCAUCCGCGAAAUCCCUGGAUUCUGGGUUGUUAUCCCCGCCGGCGGUGCUGGCACGCGUCUCUGGCCGCUUUCGCGAGAAGGCCACCCCAAGUUCCUGCUUGACCUCACACUCAAGGGCCGCUCGCUCAUCCAGGCAACUUGGGACCGUCUCAUCCCCCUUUCCUCCCCCGCACGUACCGCCAUCCUCCCCGAUCUCCUGCUGUCCAACCUUCUGUGCGAGCCAAGCGCGAAGGAUUCGAUGGCCGCCAUCGGUCUCGCUGCAGCUGUGCUUGCGGCUCGCGACCCGGAGGCGAUCAUUGGUUCGUUCGCGGCGGACCACAUGAUUUCCGGCGACGACGCGUUCCUGUCUGCGGUGGCGGAGGCGGUCGAAGUCGCGAAGAAGGACUACCUUAAGCUCGGGAUGAGUGAUGCGCCCAAUGCGCGACUCGUUUCGAGCUUCAAGGAGAAGCCGGACGCGCGCACGGCGGCGGCGUACAUCAAGACGGGUAACUACCGCUGGAACGCCGGAAUGUUCGUCACCCGCGCGGCGUUCCUCAUGGACCUCUUGAAGGAGUACAAGCCGAGUUGCACGAAGAGCCUCCGGCAGUCCGUGCUUGAUGAGGUGUGGCCCACUCUUGAGAAGAUCGCCAUCGACAAUGCUGUCGCGGAGCCCGCUGCCAUGGACCGUAAGGUCGCGGUCGUUCCCGCCACGUUCGGUUGGGACGACGUCGGAGAUUUCUCUUCUCUCGCCGACCUCAUCCCUGCCGAGUCGAACCAACCCCGCAUUCUCGGAGAUAGCGGCCUCGUCGUCACCGAGCAAGCUGCUGGCGGCAUCGUCGUGCCUGCGUCCGGUCGGCUCGUUGCCAUGCUCGGUGUGGAUGACAUCGAAGUUAAGCGCCUUGUCAAGAAGUGCCGUGAAGCGGGCUGGAAGCAGCUCCUCUAA